ACAUUGAGAAAAAAAGGAGGAAAAGAAAAGAAAAGAAAAGAAAAGAAAGGAAAGAAGAGGAUUUUGCAUAAGAGUUGAAAACAUUAAUGAGCGACACAUUGGUUGGUGGGCGAUACCAUCCAACCGUUAGAAGCAGGAAGACUCCUCUUUUACCACUACCCCCCAAAUUAAACCAAAAGCGGAAGUUAAAUCUCUUCAAAUUUUCCCUGAUUUUCUUUCCUUGGUAGAUCUCUCUCUUUCAUAUAUACACAUGGGUUUAACUCUAUAAAUAAAAAAGAUAUGUUGGGGGUUGGACUGAAGGAAGAGGAGAUGAAUUGGGGAAAUUCCUUUUAGUUGUUUAUGUAUUAGGGUUUUAGAUAGAUAUGGCUACUACAGAAGCUUUAUCUGUGAUUCCUGCUUCUGUUCUGCGUAAUCUCUCUGAUAAGUUGUACGAGAAGCGCAAAAAUGCCGCACUUGAGUUGGAAGGCAUAGUGAAGCAAUUGACAGUAGCGGGUGAUCAUGACAAGAUCACUGCAGUCAUCAAUUUGUUGACCCACGAGUAUACAUAUUCCCCUCAGGCUAAUCACCGCAAAGGAGGGUUGAUAGGAUUGGCUGCUGUAACUGUUGGUUUGACUUCAGAAGCAGCUCAACAUCUUGAGCAAAUUGUGCCACCGGUCUUAAAUUCCUUCUCGGACCAGGAUAGCAGAGUUCGUUAUUAUGCCUGUGAAGCUCUGUAUAAUAUAGCAAAGGUCGUAAGAGGAGAUUUCAUUGUGUUCUUCAACCAGAUCUUUGAUGCGUUAUGUAAGCUUUCAGCAGACUCAGAUGCUAAUGUGCAAAGUGCUGCUCAUCUCUUAGAUAGGCUUGUGAAGGACAUUGUCACAGAGAGUGAUCAAUUCAGCAUUGAAGAAUUUAUUCCAUUGUUGAGAGAAAGGAUGAAUGUCCUCAAUCCUUAUGUUCGCCAAUUUCUCGUUGGGUGGAUCACAGUUUUAGACAGUGUUCCAGAUAUAGAUAUGCUCGGUUUUCUUCCUGAUUUUCUUGAUGGAUUAUUUAAUAUGCUGAGUGAUAAUAGCCAUGAAAUAAGACAACAGGCUGAUUCUGCACUCUCUGAGUUUUUACAAGAGAUUAAGAAUUCUCCAUCUGUAGAUUAUGGUCGCAUGGCAGAAAUACUGGUACAACGGGCAGGCUCGCAGGAUGAAUUUACUCGGUUGACUGCUAUAACUUGGAUAAAUGAGUUUGUGAAACUUGGUGGAGAUCAGCUUGUGCCUUAUUACGCUGACAUUCUGGGAGCCAUUUUGCCCUGUAUAUCUGAUAAGGAAGAGAAAAUAAGAGUUGUUGCUCGUGAAACGAAUGAAGAACUUCGAGGAAUUGAGGCUGAUCCAGCCGAGGGUUUUGAUGUAGGAGCAAUCUUCUCCAUUGCUAGGAGGCAGCUGUCCAGUGAAUGGGAGGCAACACGUAUUGAAGCAUUGCAUUGGGUGUCAACCCUGUUAAAUAGACAUCGCUCCGAGGUCUUAGUUUUUCUUAAUGAUGUCCUUGAUACUCUUCUAAAGGCGCUAUCUGACCCUUCCGACGAGGUAGUACUUUUGGUGCUCGAGGUGCAUGCAUGUAUAGCUAAAGACCCUCAGCACUUCCGCCAGCUUGUUGUGUUCCUGGUUCACAACUUUCAGCUUGAUCACUCACUCCUGGAAAAACGUGGAGCUUUGAUAAUUCGUCGGCUGUGUGUCCUUCUAGAUGCUGAAAGAAUUUAUCGUGAACUGUCUACCAUACUUGAAGGGGAAUCAGAUUUGGAUUUUGCAUCUAUUAUGGUUCAGGCCUUAAACUUGAUUUUGCUUACUGCUUCUGAGUUGUCUGACCUUCGAGAUCUUCUUAAACAAUCGCUGGUCAAUGCUGAUGGGAAGAGCUUAUUCCUUUCCUUGUAUGCAUCAUGGUGCCAUUCUCCAAUGGCAAUAAUUAGCCUCUGCCUAUUAGCUCAGGCAUAUCAACAUGCAAGUUCUGUUAUCCAUCUGUUGGUUGAGGAAGACAUCAAUGUGAAGUUCUUAGUCCAACUGGAUAAGUUGAUCCACCUUCUGGAGACUCCGACCUUUGCUUACCUUAGGCUGCAGGUAUUUCGGCUUCUUGAACCUGGAAGAUACAUAUGGUUGUUAAAAGCCUUAUAUGGUCUGCUGAUGCUGCUUCCCCAGGGCUUAGGCGCGCCUUUGUCAACACUGUGUGUUAAUGGUGGUGGUUGGUGGUGAUGAUUGUAAAAGGUGGCUAGUGUGAUGAAUGAUUGAUUGUGCUGAUUGGCGGCAGUGGUGGUCGUGGCUGAGGAUAGUUGUGGGUGGUGUAAUUGAUAAUAGUGGUGGCAGCGGCGAUUAGCGGUAGAAGUGGAUGGAGAAGUGGUGAAAUUCAAUUUUCACAGAAAUCCUUGAAUGAUAACAUUUUAAUAAUUUUAAGAAUUCGUUAUAAAUGGUGGUUGUGGAAUUAAAAAAACAAACGAAAUUAAUGACAGAGAUCUGAAUGAUUUAGAUUUUGACGUAAAAAGUAAAUGUACUUAGUGAAUGAGAUCUGAAUGAUUAAAAUUCAGACCUUCAUUAAGUGCAAACAAAGGAGGUCUAAACUAAGUGUGGCUUCCCGCGUAGCUAAUCUCACUGAAAAGUAUACAUUUCUUGUGCUUUGGCGCUUUGCUAACCCAACUUGAGAGAGAAAAUCAUGGAUGGCCUUCUCUGAAAUGUAUGGCAGAAUGACUACUGUGUAAUUGUUUUGCGUCUCCCAAAGUUGAGAUGUUCUCUUAUACACAACAGCUUGAGGAGGUAAGAAAAUUGCUGGUAAGUAAUGGUCAAAGGGACCUCUCCGCCCCAUCUGUAUCCAUAAAUCAACCUGGGUUCCAUUCUCCGCCUUGAAGUUAAUAUGUCUGAAGAACUCCUAUAAUUUCAUUAUUCUUCUCCAUAGGCUUCAGCCAUAUGACAUGGCUAAGUACUCCGGCAAUUCUCUUCGUGAACCCCAUAGUUUGCUAUGAAACACCUCCCAUAAUGCCUGAUACUAUGUGCAAACCUAAGUUGCUCGGACUCUUCACUUUCGGUGCUUCAACCGUGUUGGAAUGAUGUGGGUGUGGAUCCGUACCGGAUGUAUAUUGAUUUUGGAUGCUUUAACCAGAAUCGAUAGACAAAUUCGAGACAGAUACCAUAUUUCUGAAAUCAAAACAAAAGCUAGGGUUAAAUCAUAAUUUAGCCAUGUCUAUUUUUUUUUUAAUCACUAAAAGAUAUGUGUUAAAAAGUCAACAACCAUGAGGUGCUUUAAAGAUGUUUAGAGGUCAACAUCAUUGUUGAAUGUGCAAACUCAAGAAGCCUCCUGGUCUCUACAUCAUUUGCAAUAGUCAUGUUGCACCCAAAAAAAAAAAAAAAAGAGAGAGAGAGGAGAUGCAUAUGUAAUUAUUAUUAAUUACAGAUUCAAACUUACUCUCGAAAAUUCGUGCAUUUCUCUUCUUCCAAAUAGUCCACCAUAAACUAGGCUUAUUUUUGUAAAUCCACUCCCCGCACCCGUAUCCAUACCUGGACCCAUAUCCUCGAAUCUUUAAAUUCAGAUCAUGAAGGAUUCAACCUCUAAAUCCACUCCCGUAUCGGACACCCGCACCCAAGUCCGAGCAACUUAGGUGCAAACCUCCAGAUUCAUUUUCUAUGGGAUCGUUAAAUCCCCAUUUCUCUUACUCCUUGAACCCAGCUCUUCUUGACCCUCAUCACAAUUCGCUUUCCUCCACUUUCAACUUCUGACAAAGAUUGCAAUGUUCUUCCUUUGAACCAUGCAAGACACCCUAAUGUUUUUUUGUUUUCAGAAUUUUGAAUCUUUUUGCCCGCCCUUUUGGAAACCUGAACAUUGCUCAGUUCCUACCUGUUAAAGUUAUCCCUGCUCCCUCUACCUACCCGAACUGCUUUCUCCUCUUUACCAUCUUGCACUUUGGAAUUUCAUUCCAGAGGUACGACUUUCUGGCCAAAUGGCAGCAGCAUCACCUAAUUGCUGCUAUCUUUGCUGCCAACACACCGACUCAUCAUUUGGGUUCUUCAGUCUCUGACCGCUUCAAUUGCCCAUCAUUUAUU